AUCUUUACAUUCUUCAUCACUCUAAACCCCGCCAGAAACAUGGCGAUUCUCAAAAUCUUCUCAAUCUUCAUCUUCUCAAUCUUCAUCUUCUCCUUCAUCCUACCAUUUACAGAACCGGCCGCCGCCGCCGUCGCCGUCGAUUCCGGUCCUGUCGUACCUACAAUACCAUUAGUUAGCUUCCUAGAACGUCUCCAAGACACAGCUCUAAACACAUUCGGUCCAAAAAAUUUCGACCCAAAACUCUAUGUAGAUCUCUCUCUCAAAUCAAAUCUCUCAGUGACUCAAUCCUCCUUCGACAAACUCCCCAAAACACAAAACGGGUCUGUAUCAAUUCAUGAUCUAAAUGGGUUUAUCCAGAAAUACUUGAAUCCAGCAGAGGCGGAUUUAGAAACAGUUUUGCCGGCUGAUUUUGUGGGUAAGCCAGAUGGGUUCUUGCCAAAGGUGAAUAAUAAGGAAGUUAAGGAAUGGGCUUUGAAGAUUCAUGAUCUUUGGAAGAAUUUAAGCCGGAAAGUUGCAGAUGGUGUUGUAAAGCAACCUGAACUUCAUACUCUGUUGCCGUUGCCGGAGCAUGUUGUGAUUCCGGGAUCAAGAUUCCGGGAAGUUUAUUAUUGGGAUUCUUAUUGGGUUAUAAGGGGAUUAUUAGCAAGUAAGAUGUAUGAAACAUCAAAGGGGAUUGUGUUAAAUCUUGUUUCAUUAUUGGAGAAAUAUGGAUAUGUUCUAAAUGGGGCAAGAGCAUAUUAUACCAAUAGAAGCCAACCGCCAUUUCUCAGUUCCAUGAUAUAUGAUAUAUACAAAAGAACAAAUGACAAAAAUUUCCUCAAGAAGGUUCUUCCAGCAUUAAUCAAAGAACAUGAGUUCUGGAAUUCAGGAGUUCAUGCUGUGUCGAUUAAGGAUGGAAAAGGUCGCAUCCAUAAGCUGAGUCGGUAUUAUGCAAAGUGGAAUGAACCAAGACCAGAGUCCUCAACCAUUGACAAGGAAACGGCUUCUAAACUGACCAGUGCAGCUGCAAAACAACUUCUUUAUCGCGAAAUUGCUUCUACUGCUGAAUCUGGAUGGGACUUCAGUACAAGAUGGAUGAGAAAUGGAAGUGAUCUUACAACACUAGAGACUACAUCUAUUUUGCCAGUUGAUUUGAAUGCUAUCAUUCUCAAGAUGGAACAUGACAUAGCAUUCUUGGCUAAAGAAAAUGGAGAUCAGCGAUUGUCUAUUCACUUUUUGAACGUUGCUCGGGCGAGAAAACUUGCAAUAGAGUCCAUCUUCUGGAAUUCAGAAGAGGGACAAUGGUUUGAUUACUGGCUCAACGACAAAUCUGGACACAAGGAUGGUUAUGUAUGGAAAUCUUCGAAUCAAAAUAAGAAGGCAUUCGCCUCAAACUUCAUUCCUUUGUGGAUUAAGCCAUUUUACUCAGAUACUGCUCUGGUGGAGAAAGUACAAAAAAGUCUAAAAAGCUCCGGUCUUGUUCGCAAAUCUGGAAUAGCUACUACUACAACAAACUCGGGACAACAAUGGGAUUCACCAAAUGGAUGGGCACCUCUUCAACACCUAUUAGUGGAAGGCCUGUUGAAAUCAAAAUCGAAAGAAUCAAAAUCAUUGGCACGAGACAUCGCCAAUAGUUGGCUCAAGACCAAUUUUGUCACUUUCGUGAACACGGGUGUGAUGCACGAGAAGUACAAUGUGGAAACAUGCGGAGAAUCUGGAGGUGGUGGCGAGUAUUCACCACAGACUGGUUUUGGAUGGUCGAACGGAGUUGUACUGUCGUUCUUGGAGAUGUUUGGAUGGCCGAAAGACUUGAAGAUCGCUUGCUAAGGAAGGUUAUCAUCUGAUAAUUCAUCAUUCUUUUGGUUUGAAAUUGAAUUAAAUUGGUAGUAUAAUCCUAUUGUAACAGUAUGAGAAUAUUAACAAUAAAUAAUUUGGCAGUACUAUGAUUUGAUAUCUAUCUUUAUCUCUAUUUA